GGCAGCUGCGGCAUGUCCUCGCCCUCGCCCUCUCCGUGCUGGCCUGAUGUUGCGCAGAUUUUCACUCGCCUUUUCGCCAGGCCCCAUAAGCUUUUCGCGCUCGCAGGGCCCCGCGGAAGAGCGUGCUUUGAAGAUAGUCACGUGUUCGACGCGCGAAUCCCCGUUAUCCUGGAGCACAUCGUUCGGAGCACGCCGAUGGCCAUCCCAACCAAUGUGAAGAGGUCCUCUCCGCCAUGCUCGCGCCAUCCUGCGGUCGUCCAGAGCUAAUUCGCGAUCGAUCACUUGGAAUCAAUCCCAUUGCAGCUCGGCCGCCUCCGUAUGUUGGUGAUCCGAUAAGAUUGCAUGUCUGAGAGUAUAACUGUCGUCGCCGUCCGCCCUUGACCCUCACUUCACUCACUCCCAGCCCUCGAUUCAUUCACCAGUCUCUCAGCGCCAUCACUGCUUGUCCACCCCAGCUUCAAAGCUCCCCUUAACAGCACCAAUCAUCAUGUCUCAGCUCAGCUAUGCACGAUACGGCAAGGACAAUGUCCGUCUCUACAAGGUCGACAAGGACCCCAAGACCGGCAUCCACACCGUUGUCGAGCAGACUGUCUGCAUUCUCCUCGAGGGUGACAUUGAGACCUCCUACACACAGGCAGACAACUCGGUCGUCGUAGCCACAGACACCCAGAAGCAGACAACCUACAUCCUGGCAAAGCAACACCCCAUCGACCCUCCCGAGCAGUUCGCCGCCAUCAUUGGUGACCACUUCAUCAAGACCUACCCCCACAUCCACGCCGCCCAUGUCAAGAUCAUCCAGCACCGAUGGACUCGCUUGGACGUUGAUGGCAAGCCGCACCCUCACUCCUUCUACCGCGACAGCCAGGAGACUCGCGUCGUUGAGUCGGUGACCAGGGAGGGUGAGGGUGCUUCCAUCCGCUCCAAGAUCGAGAAGCUGUUGGUGCUCAAGAGCACUGGAUCUGCAUUCCACGGCUUCCACCGCGAUGAGUUCACCCGCUUGCCCGAGACUUGGGACCGCAUUCUCAGCACCGAGAUUGAGGCUGGCUGGCAAUGGAAGCUGUUCAAGACCUUGGACGAAGCCAAGGCUGUCGACUUCAACGCCGCCUGGAAGACAGCAAGGGACAUCACACUCAAGAUCUUCGCUGAAGACAACAGCGCCAGUGUCCAAGCCACCAUGUACAAGAUGUGCGACCAGAUUCUUGCUUCUGUUCCUCUAGUAGAUGCCGUCGACUAUGCUCUGCCCAACAAGCACUACUUCGAGAUUGAUCUCUCAUGGCACAAGGGCAUCCAGAACCUGGGCAAGGACGCCACUGUCUUUGCUCCCCAGUCCGACCCUAACGGCCUCAUUCAAUGCACAGUCACCCGCAAGGGAACCAAAUCCAAGUUGUAAAUCAGAACCUCUUCAUUCGUUUGAUAUGAUGGUUGACGGCUGUUUGUACAUAAGAUUUGGCGUUUAGCGUGUUUUUUCAGGGGUCGAGUGAACAAUGUGAGUAGAACUAUAUACCAUUUGAAUUUUGAGCUCCGGCGAGGAGAGUACGAGUCUUGUAUCGAUUAUCUAGGGGACGAGCGAGAGUAGCAACAUAUCCCACUUCAAGUGGGAU